AUGAGCAGAACUCUAAAAAGAAAUAUGCUACAAACCUAGACUAUUUCAAAUAAUGAUGAUAAUCGAAAACCUUUGAUAUCAAAAUAAUUGGUCUAAUCAUUUUCUACUCAUUCUCUAAUUAAUUCAGAGUUUAAUAAUGAUUUGAUUUCGUCUGGUAAAUCUAUCAAACAGGAUUUAAAGCCAGAUUUAUAAUUCGAAAAAAAGAAUCAACUUAAAAGAAAUAAUCUUGUAAAGUUUAAAAUACAUUCGAAUAGACUCUUUGUACCAUUGACUGAUAAGCCUCAAUUCAAACAUGUAUUUAGGAAAACUCCAGCAGAACUUUUAUACAAAGGUGAUAAUGAAAAGAUAUAGUCAUUAACAAAGAGAAUGUUUUCAGUUUAUCAGAAAUAGGAUAAAGAGCGUGAAAAAAGGGCAUUUGAAUUUAAGCUUAAAAAUUCAUUAGUGUCAAAAUUUGCUGGGACAAUGUAAAGACCAGAGGAAGUAUAAUUUUGCAAGGAUGUACUAAAUCAUUUGACUAAAGUAUCAAAAUCAACAGCAAUCAUUCCUUAUUCAAUAGCUUUAAUUAAUCCAGAUAAUGGAUUAAGAGAGUAAAUACCAACAAAUUACAAUGAUAAAUUGGAAUCCAAGGAGAUAGAAGUAGCAUAAAGUAUGGUAAAGUAAUUUAAAGAAAAAGCCAGAUAAGUUGGAGUCUUCAACAAAUAGAUAGAAACUGAGACGAGCACUAUUAAGAAGCAAAGAGUGAGUAAAUAUCUUAAGAAUGCUAUGGAUUAACUCAAAAGUAUGAAUUUCGCUGAAGAUGGAUCGCUAGAUGAAGAUACAGUUUAUUGGAAAGAUCAAUUCUUUUAUCACGUGAAGUAAAAUAAUAUAUAGGAUAAUAAAAUGACAGCUCUUCAUUGGGCUGUGAAGAGAAAUUAUAUAUCUAUGGCUGAAAUGCUACUUAAAAAUGAUUCUAAAAAAGAUUCAUAAGAUAUCCUUGGCAGAACACCUAUUCAUUUGGCUGCGAAGUUAAACUAUUUUGAGAUGACAAAGUUACUUUUAAGAUAUAAGACAAACUUGAACAUAAAGAAUAAAAAAGGCUUAACUCCUGUAGAAAUAGCUGGUUCUGAUGAUAUCCUAAAUCUUAUUAGCAAAGCUAUGAGGUUAGGAGUGAUUCAAAGACUUUCUUUGAAUAGACCAUCAAGAGCUCUUAAGGAAGCUGAACAAAAAUUGUUUAGGGCAGCGGGGGAAGAAAGUGACUGA